GACUGACAAGACUAUCAUCAACUAUCAAGUAAAACUCCGGCGUGGUCGCUCUCAGGUUUCGCUCUAAUCAUGUUGUUGCGGCGUUAACGGUUGUAACGGCUGCAACCUGUAUGCUGUAACUUCACCGAGAAAUCUCAGCGUGAUCGUUAGCCAACUGGACCGUCGCUCCAAGACAAACAUCUAGAAUGCCGGAUAAGAAAUGAAGCUUUUCAAGCUGAUAAUGCAUCAGAAGAACUUCAGCGAGGAAGACCUGAUCGUCAACCCGAAGGAUUACCCCGGUAUAACAACCGGCGACGUCGUCGAGAUUUACCAUCCCGAGGAUGAGUUCAGCCGCCUGUUGCUGCAAGUCACGUCUUUGAAGGAGGACCUCCAGAGCCGCGAGACUAUCAGUGUCGAGAGUAACAUAGCGUCAAUGUUCCAGCUGCGUACAUUCGCCGAUGUAUACAUGAACAAAGUAAAUCCGGACGACUUGGCUCUAGAUUCCAUAGAGUUGACGUUCAAGGAGCAGUACCUGGGCCGCAGCGAGAUGUGGCGUCUGAAAAACAGCUUGGUAAACACUUGCGUGCACAUGAAUAAGAAGAUAGAGUUUUGCAGCGGUAGUAUACGUUGUCAAGUGUACGAGAUGUGGUCACAGGGCGAUCGUGUUGCCUGCGGCGUUAUAACCGACGACACCAAAGUGGUGUUCCGCUCGUGUACAAGCAUGGUAUACUUGUUCAUUCAAAUGAGCUCUGAAAUGUGGGACUUUGACAUACACGGAGAUCUCUACUUUGAGAAAGCGGUCAACGGAUUCCUGGCGGAUUUAUUUCAAAAGUGGAAAAAGAACAGCAUCAAUCACGAGGUUACCAUUGUACUGUUCUCAAGGACCUUCUACAAUGCGACCUGUUUGGAGGAAUGUCCGAAUCACAUGAGGGAGUGUCUCCAGCAAGAUCACAGAGGGAGAUUUUACGAAGAUUUUUACAGAGUUGCGGUGCAAAACGAAAGAUUUGAGGAUUGGAGUAAUAUCUUGGUGCAACUGCGUAAACUGUUUACCGAUUAUCAAAAAAUUGUUCUGGAAUAUCACCAGAGGCCAGGUAUUAGCAUACCUAAGGCAGUAAAUUCCACUGCAGCGCAAGGCAAUUUUCUGGAGAUGUUAAAUAUGUCUCUGAACGUUUUUGAAAAACACUAUUUAGACCGCAGUUUUGACAGAACCGGUCAGUUAUCUGUAGUUAUUACACCUGGAGUUGGAGUCUUUGAGGUUGACAGGGAGCUGACAAAUGUGACAAAGCAGAGAAUCAUUGAUAACGGUGUAGGAAGUGAUUUGGUAUGCGUUGGAGAGCAACCGCUUCACGCGGUUCCGUUAUUGAAGUUUCAUAACAAAGAUUCCUCUAUAAACGCGCCUGAUGACUACAGCAUGCCUCACUGGAUAAAUCUCAGUUUCUAUUCCACGAACAAAAAGAUUCCCUAUUCCACAUUUAUCCCGCGAAUAAAGCUGCCGCAGAAGAUGUCGAAACAUCUGACGGAUAACGAAAAAUUACAUUGCAAAACUAGACUCUUGCAAGAAGAUCCAAGAGAGUGUCUACACAAUACGUUAUUCGAUUAUGAUGCCUAUGACGCACAAGUGUUCCAACUACCAACAGCUCAUACUUCAAGUGUACAAAGGAUAAAUACGAGGAGGAAAAAGACAAGCGUGGUGUGCCUUGAAACUCAUAAUAAUGGCCAUCUGUUAAAGCUCUUGAAGCGCAAAAUGUCAGAUCCCGAUAUACAUCACCCACCACCUGAAACACAUUCACCGCCGAUUCUCGCAUUACGGAGUGCCGCGAUAACGAUACCGCACAAAACAGAUGACGAUAACGCUAAAUCUAACGAGGAUAGAACUGGUGUAUCCAGAACACCGGUCAAGAGCGAUUUAACCGACUCUGAGAUAUCCCCGCCCUUUAGACCUGUCGUUGGUAGCGCUGGUAGCCCGACGAACUCAAUUUCUCAGCCGACAAAUAUACUUCGGCCUGGUAGAGCAUUAAUCAACCCUUUUGAUCCAUCACAUGUUACCAUCAAACUUACCAGCAACAGACGACGGUGGACUCACAUAUUUCCGAAAGGGCCUACGGGAGUUCUAAUACAGCAACAUCACUAUCAAGCUGUUCCAAUACAAACGUUGGAGUCACAAAGUGAGGCUACUCUAUCGACCAUAAGUGGAUCCUCGAUGGAAGCUGGGACGGCGAACAAUUCAAAUCAGAUUUCAAGAUCAGUAUCUCAAACGGGAUUUCAAGAUCACACAAAAGGGAAACCGCGAUCUAAUCCUAUAACUAAUGGAGAUAAAGCUGCGAAUCCUUUAGCUAUGGCGAAUAAAAGUCUUACUCUUUUGUGGGGCGCUACUGGUGAGCAGGAAUGGACACCUGCUCUAACAACAGCAGUCAUAGGGGUCGACUGGAAAUCUUUAACAAUUCCUGCGUGUCUGCCCAUCACUACCGAUUACUUCCCAGACAAGCGAAGCUUACAAAACGAUUAUGUCGUGUCUGACUACAAUCUUCUCCCGGACGACGUUAACGCUGAUUUUGCCCAACAGCGAGCGAUCUACAAGACACCAUUAACCACUGUAGAAGUGUUUAAAGAGUUGGUCUCGCAACGUUUAUCCCAGGGUUUCCAGCUGAUUAUCUUACCGCCAAACAAGAAUCAAAGCAACACUACUGGCAGCAAUGCCGUUCCCGCAAUUAGCACGAUAAUGCGCGGCAGACAGACUGAAUCUGAGCCUAAAGAGGAAUAUCUACUUAGCAUUGGAAGAAUUUUUCACAAAAUAUCACUGUUCGAUAAUUCUAUAACAGUUACGAGAUACCGUCCACGGCAUCCUUACCCACCCUUCAAUAUUCACUAUCAAUAUCGAUUUCACGCUCCGCAUCACGAUACGUACGAGGUCUCGUGGGUAUCUUUCACCACAGAAAAACUUGAGACCUAUAACUGGAAUUAUUUAGACCACUACAUUUGCACACGGGGCCAUACCGAUUUUGCUGUAGUGGAAGAUCUCAAAUAUGCUUUCUUUCAGGCUCUCAAGUACUGGAGGUUUCGAGUAUUUCUAUUACCAUAUAAUAAUCCUGCAACCCGCAAAAUUUUAGAUAGUUCUACAAGAUGCGACAUAUACACUCCGUUCAGUAAUGCCGAACAGGCAUCGUUAAUGGACGGCUUUCUACGCUUCAUCGAGGGAUGGCUGAACAAAAUACGACGGCCGAAUCCCAACAAAAACUGGAGCCCUACAGCUCUAGGUGGUGUCCCUCCAAGAGAUCCUGCCUCUCAUUUGACCAGACGCAGGCACAGCACGAGCCUGAUAUUCCUCACUAACCAGACCAAUCUAGUCGGCAGCUCUCCUUUCAGGGAGCGACUCGGGAGCAACCGUCUGCCAGAGAAACCGAGACCAAGAUCUGGUUCCAAAGUGAUGGACAGAGGACGCGUGUCGCCUGCCAGUGAAGCUGUUUUGCCGUUGUCACUCGAGCAACAGCAGCAGGAUCAUUUUGACUCCAACGACGACUGUGCAAAUCAAGAGCUGACCAAGAUAAAAAGCAAUGCAACGAACGUGGAAAUUUUGGAAGCCAUGAAACACCCUCAAACCGGUGUUGGCUUCUUAACACAACAUCCCUCGCUCCCUAGCCAAACGUUUGUUAUCACCGAUGCGAUCCAGUGGCUGAACAACCAUAUAGAAGGCAGCACGGGGAUCAAACAGAGUAUUAAUAUCCUAAAGGGAAUGAUUGAAGAUAAAUUGAUAUGCCAUGCGUCCGGCGAUUUCUCGCAAAAAUUUACCUUGGGAUAUUAUUUGUAUCACAUCGUGCAGGAUAAGGAAAAUCAAAAAGCUGCCGACUAUUCUGCUCCGCUGGGGAAUCUGCAAAGUUUCGAGAACGAGUGGGUGGAAGUGGAGAUGAGACCACCGAAAGGGUGGUGCGAACCAACGUCUUCGACGACAGCGUCGACGCCCAUAACAAUACCUAGUUGCGACGCUAUUGACGAAUCCAACGUUCCAUCUUUUCUCAGAGACGACAUAGAUUUGAACGAAUCGAUAGAUGAUAGAAGUUUCACAGUGCCAUUGUAUAAACAUACUCAUCUUGAUAUCGACAUCAAUAAUAAAAGCGACAGGAUUGAAUGGGGUCACUUGAGAUACCAGUCCAUUUACAAAGUAGACAGUGCUUACGAACUCGUAGUACAAUGGGUCGCAUCAUCUGGUAGUAUAGUGGCCGAUCUGAUAUUCGUUUGGCAACGCAAGGCUCAAAUGUGCGGGAUACAGAUGAUACCGAUUCCCAACGAUUUGUUGGCGCUGCCAUAUACCUUAAAGAGCGAUCCUCUGAGAGGGCCUGUUUUCAUACCACUCGAUACGGAAUGCCUAAUGACAAAUAAGCGGCACCUCUUUGAAGAAUUCCGAGAAGAUACCUAUGCACAAAGGUUGUUUUUAUUCCAAGAGGCAAUUCUGCAGAGAUUCGGCUUCAUGCCGUGCUUAGUCGAGAAUAUCGAAAAUGACCGCCAGUACGUUCACAUCACUGGUAACGCAUUUAUAUUAGUGCCAUCCACCACGAGUACGCGGCCACGUCCACGAACCGGUACCAAUGUCGUGCGGCGAAACACUGGGCAGAAAAGAUACCCGAUUCACCCGGACCAGUCUAGUCCGCACGAAGCAUACAUUACCAGACACGUUGGUGGAAAGAAGGACGAUCACAGCACAGAUAGGAAAGUAGGUUUUUUGUGGUCUUGGAAUCAUAUGGUCAGCCGCAAAUGGAAAUCGUUAUCUGUUGCGGCGGGCGACGAAGUUUUCCAGAAGAAAAUCAUACAGGAUUUUCGACACUUCUGUUCCAAUGGAGAUAAUAGACUUAAAGAGUUUUGGGAAUCUUGUUGGGAGUUAAAGGAAAAAACUUGUACAAAAGCAAAGUAGCAAGAUAUCGUUUCUUAACGGUUUUUCAUCCAAAGAUUUAUCAUCGAUCAUUUGUGUAAAUUUUAAUCAUUAUCGUCAUUCGACUGUUAGUUUCAAUUUAUCGAAAGUGCAAUUAUACAAUAACGUUUUUAAUAUGUAGUUGAUAGCUCUUGUAAGCAGGAUGAAAGUAUACUAUUAUAUAUAAUAUAUACUAUUAUAUAUAUAUACUAUUAUCUGUAUAUUAUAUUAUUUAAGCGCUAGAAUGAUUCAUGGUUUGAAAUUCGUAUUUGGUUAUGAGAUUCGUAAAUAAUAUGAACGCAGACUCGUCGAGUUUGCAUUCGUUGUUUAUUAUUCAUGCCAGCGGAGCGACUUUUUAACAAAAUCAAAAAGUGCAAAUCACUACGAAUUAGUCAAUUUAUAUUGAUCGUACAUAAAACUACCAUACAAACAAUAAAUCAUGAAUUGCAGAUGAUCUGCGCUAGCGUUAUGAUUAAACGAAACAAUGGCGAAUCUGGACGAUUAAAUGAAACAAUGGAUGUCUGGUCAUUGUUAUUCGAGAGUGAGAAAAGCUAGGAUAUUUUUAAAACUGUAGGAUUGAGAAAAGAAGAAAGAAAUGCAAAUCAAGUUGUGGAUAUU